AUGCCGCCGAAAAAGGGGCCGGACGUGAGCGGGCUGACGGCGCUCGAGAAGCGCGCGCACGCCGCGGCGCUCGCUGCACCGGACCACACUGUGACAGGCGAAGAACUAGCGCUCCGUCUGAAUGACGUGCCGAUCGAGGAGCAGCUCCUCGUGAUCAAUAGCCUCUUGAAAAAGAGCCUCUUUAACGCGCAAAAGGGGCCCAACGGCAUCCAGUAUGUCGCCAUCUCCAAGGGCGAGGCUAGCGUACUCGGAACGAUGGAUGGGAACGAGCUCAUCAUCUAUAACCACAUCAAGGACGCCAAGAACGAGGGCAUCUGGACUAAAAUGAUCAAGGCACGCACGAAUCUGCACCAGACGAUCAUGAAUCGCUGCCUGAAACUGCUGGAACAGAAACAGCUGGUCAAGGCGGUUAAGUCGGUCAAGUUUCCGACGCGGAAAAUCUAUAUGCUGUAUGAUCUCACCCCGUCGAUCGAGCUGUCGGGUGGCCCGUGGUAUACGGACAAUGAGCUGGACACGGGCUUUAUCCACGAACUGUCAAUGGCGUGCUUGAGGUAUGUCCAGUCCAAGUCGUGGCCCAAGGACGGACGCUCUUCGGCAUUGUACCCGGCGUCCCACACGGCCGAUCUGCCGACGGCGACCAGCGUGCACCGCUACCUAAAGGCAGCCAAACUUACUGACACGGAGCUGGAGCCGGAGCAUGUGGUCGCAUUGCUUGACCUGCUCAUUUACGACAAUGAAAUCGAAAAGAUCCCCGUCCUGCCAACGCAGACAGCCCGGCGAGGCACGCGGCGCUCGGACCACGACGAGGACUCGGAUACGUCGGACGAAAGCGAGCCGGAGCGCCACAGCAGCGCGCAGCGUGGUAGCAGCCGUCACCGCAAGCGUGCACGCCGGAACCGCCGCGACAGCAGCUCGGACGAGGACAGCAGCAGCGAUGACUCGAAGGACUCUGAUGCCAUGUCAGAAGACACGCCGCCGAGACGCAAAUCGUCCAAGAACAAACGGAAAUCAUCGUCCAAGCGCAAAUCUAUCCGCAUCUCGAGCGACGACGACAGUGGAUCGCAGCACGAGGACGACGAUGAGGGCGCUGCGAACCUCACGCAUGUCCCGUACGUAUACCGCGCCGUAAAGCGCAUGCUCCAACCGCAUGGGGGGACUACGACCAGCUACGUUCCGCUCACUGCGAGCUGGCUCCAGACGCCGUCGGGCAACGACAAUGUGGAUGAAGUUGCGGCCAGCGCCGAACUCUACUUUGGGACCCAUUCGGAGCCUGCAGGCGGAAAGACGGCAACAGCGACGGAAAAUGGCGUCGCUGCCGUUGAUGCCCCACAGAGGGGAUGGCUCGAAUCAACGCUCACGUAA